UUGAAAACAAAUUCAAAUUCGACGUAAGAAAAGUAUGUCAAAAUUGGCAAAACAACAAUUUUCAGCUUGUUUUGAAGGAAUUAUGCAGAAUUUGUGUGUUAAAAUGGUAUAUCGAUUGUUGUUUGUGAUAACUUGGUUGCUGAAGUAAUGUUUCCCGCCUUGUGUGUUAGACAUUCGUCGUAAAGUGUUGGUGGUCUACUCUUCAAGUUCCAGGCUUCACAGCUGGUCAGUUCGACGAACUUUCAACAUUCCAUUAUGGCUGAUGACCCUGGUCAAUCUUCAUCUCAUUCAGCGGAGAUGGCGCACGAGAGCGGCGCGGAGGGCCCGCCGCACACGCCGUCGCCGCCCCACGCGCCGCGCCUCCCCGCCGCCGACUCCAGCUUCCACCACCAGAUCAUGCAGAAUCAGAGUCCGAGAAAGAACCAUAUCGCGGAGAGAGCGAAACAAACCUUAGAGAAUAGUUUCCUGAUGCAACUGAAGAAGCAGCAGCAACUGCAGCAGGAGAUCCUGCUGCAGCAUUUCCAGCAGCAGCGCCAGCAGCUCGCCGAGCAGCACGAGCAGCAGCUCAGGCACCACCUCAAGCUGUGGGAGCAACAGAAGGCGAUGGAAGAGGCGGCGCUGCGCGAGGCGCGCGAGGCUAGGGAAGCGCGCGAGGCCCGCGAGCGGCACGAGCGCGACAGGGUUGAACUCCUGCGCAAGAAGGACAAGCACGAGCCCAGUGCCAACGCGUCUACGCAAGUCAAGCAGAAAUUGCAGGAAUUCUUAAAAAAGAAGCAAGCUGCUGCAAACGCUAACGGAACAGUACCUGGAUCACCCUAUAGAAAUUGGGGUAUAGUAAAAUCGUCAUCGGGCGAGUCGAUCACGUCGACCACGUCGGCGGCCACGCACCCGUAUCGGCUGGCGGCGCCGCUGCCGCUCACCGUGCACGCGCCGCCCACGCCCUCGCCCGCUGACUACCCGCUCAGGAAGACUGCGUCGGAGCCGAACAUGCUGAAGGUGCGGCUGAAGGCGCGCGUCAUCGAGCGCCGCGCCUCGCCGCUCGCGCGUCGCCCUCUCAAGACGCGCGUCAAGCAUCGCAAUUGCGAGACAGGGUCCCCGCGGGGGUCUCCACCAGGUGGCGCCGCCCCUAUUCGCGAGGAGGAGGAGUCCCUAUCACGGGCUCCCGAGCUGCUGUUCUCGUCGCCCUCUAUGCCCAAUAUCUCACUGGGCCGCCCGCACGCGCCGCCUCCGCCGCCGGUGGGCGUGCCGCUACCACCAGUCUCGGAAGCAGAAGCGUACUCCCCCCUCGCCAGCUCAGCGCUGGCCCCCGGGCCGCGGCUCAUCAAGCGCCCGCUGGGCCGCACGCACUCGGCGCCGCUGCCGCUGGGCGACCCCGCGCUGCAUCCGCACCACCCUCCCUCCGCGCACCACUACCUGCGCGACCAGAUACGAAAGACGGUGUUGACCCGAGCACACGACGCAGCGGCGGCGCAGCUGCGCGAGGAGGAGGGCGAGGUGAUCGACCUGACGUCCCGCCGGCCCCCCUCGUCUCCCCCGCCGCCCGCCGCCCCCCACGCCGCCCCGCUGGCUCGCGCUCUCAGCUCGCCCCUCGUCGGCGCGCGGUCACCAGCCACGGGGCUGGCGUACGACGCGCUCAUGCUUAAACAUGGUUGCGCAUGCGGCGCCCACGCGCCCACUCACCCGGAGCACGGUGGUCGCCUGCAGUCAGUGUGGGCGCGCCUGUGUGAAACUGGCCUUGCGGCCAGGACUGAACGCACGCGGCCUAGGAAGGCCACACUCGAAGAGUUACAGAGCGUGCACACAGAAGCGCACGUGGCGAUCUUCGGCGGGCGGCCGCGCGAGUGCCGCGUGGAGGGCGCGGCGCGGCAGCUGGUGCGGCUGUCCUGCGGCGGGCUGGGCGUGGACUCCGACACGGCCUGGUCCGACGCGCACACGGCCGCGGCCGCGCGCACGGCCGCCGGCGCCGUGCUCGACCUGGCCGUGCGCACCGCCAGGGGGGAGCUGAGGAACGGUUUCGCAGUAGUGCGACCACCAGGGCACCACGCGGAGCCCAACCAGGCGAUGGGCUUCUGCUUCUUCAACAACGUGGCGGUGGCGGCGCGCAUACUGCAUACAAGGCUACGGUUACAAAGGAUACUCAUCGUGGAUUGGGACGUUCAUCACGGUAACGGCACCCAGCAGAUCUUCUACGAGGAUCCCCACGUGCUGUACAUCAGCAUCCACCGCCACGACGACGGCAACUUCUUCCCGGGUACGGGCGCGGCCACCGAGUGCGGCGCGGGCGCAGGCUUGGGUUUCAACGUGAACGUCGCCUGGUGCUCCGGGACGAACCCACCGCUCGGUGAUGCAGAGUAUCUUGCAGCGUUCCGGUCGAUUGUUAUGCCUAUUGCUAAGGAGUACGACCCGGAGAUAGUGCUAGUGUCGUGCGGGUUCGACGCGGCGGCCGGGCACCCGGCCCCGCUGGGCGGGUACAACGUGUCCGCCGCCUGCUUCGCACAUAUGACGAGGGAUCUCAUGCAGCUCGCCAACGGGAAGGUGGUGCUGUCGCUGGAGGGCGGCUACGACCUGCCGGCCAUGUGCGACUGCGCGCAGGAGUGCGUGCGCGCGCUGCUGGGCGAGCGCGGCGCGGCGCCCGCCGCCGCCGAGCUGGCCCGUGUGCCCCACGUGGCCGCGCAGGCCGCGCUAAGGGCCGCCGUCGCCGUGCACCACCACCACUGGCCCUCGAUAAAGCGGUACAGCGAGCUGAUCGGCAUGUCGGCGCUGGAGGCGGCGCCGGCCGUGGCCGCGGCGCGGCUGGGCCGGCUGCAGACGGAGCGCGACGCCGCCGACACCGCCGCCGCCAUGGCCACGCUGUCCAUGCACCACGCCGCCGCGCACCAGCCCUGCCUCAGGUCCCCCGAGAGCUCGCGGUCGGUGUCGGAGGAGCCCAUGGAGCAGGACGAGGGCAAGUGAGCGCUCCGUGCCGUGCACCGAGCACGUGCCACGUGCACACGUGCCGCACGUGCACACGCGUGCCCCACUCACACAUUCCGGCCGUCCGUGCCCCGCGCGAGUGCCAUCACUAGGAUACUCGAAUGUUGUAUAGCUGCCGCCGUCACGAGCUCCCCACUUGUAAAUCAAACCUCUACUCGUGUCCCACGGAAGAUUAUUUAUUUAGAACAUUAUAAAGUGUGAUGAUAUUUUGCGGUUGAUAAGUUUAAAGAAGAAUUUAUGUAUAUGAAGUAUAUAUUAUAUAUGGAGUAGAAUGUCGACGUUAGACGUGUAACGUAAUAUGACAUCGCGGUGAAGUGACCUUGUCGAGCAUUACGUCCUCCGAUUCUUGCCACGAGUGUCCCGCGGCGCGUCCUCCGUGCCGGCACGUGCCGCCACGUGACCCGCGUGCCGUCACGUGCCGCCACGUGGUCCGCGUGCCGACACGAGCCGCCGAACUUUGUAAACGAAACGUCUCCUGCCAAAUACUUGUUUUCUGUGAAUCGCGAUGUGUUAUAUGUAUAUUACAUAAAAAUAAUUGUUUCGAUGUAAUAAUUCAUAAUGAAUUAGUAACGGUAUAGAGAAUUUUAUGUGUAGGUGGUAAAUUAAGACAAAUCUUAAUUUGAAAGCUUUAAAAUUUAGUAAAAUAACGUGUACAAAUAUAUUAAUAUUAUUAUAUUUGGAUGAAAAGCUUUUAAGUAUAACGAAGUAUAUGUAGGCUAUGUACCUCUAAGGCUAGCUGCAGACGAGUUAUCUGCCUCUAGGCUUCUUACACAUUCUUACCACUUUGAUAUAAACAUGCCAACUUCAACAGUUAAUGUUUCCUGUCCCAAUAUCUUUGGUAGGCGGCGGCCGGCAGUGUGUUGUGGCCGCUGUUUGGCGCCGCUCAGUACUAUAGCCGCUGUUUGGCGCCGCCACAGUACUAUGGCCGCUGUUUGGCGCCGCCACAGUACUAUGGCCGCUGUUUGGCGGCGCCACAGUAUUAUGGCCGCUGUUUGGCGCCGCCACAGUACUAUGGCUGCUGUUUGGCACCUCCACAGUACUAUAGCCGCUGUUUGGCGUUGCCACAGUACUAUGGCCCCUGUAUGGCGCCGCCAGACGACUAUGGCCGCGCUGCCGGCCGCUGCCAUCCGCAGGCUGCUCUAUCGUCUGUGUUUCCCUUUAUACCAAAGAUCGUGAACUUCAGAUUUUGAAACAAAGUGUAUUUUUACUGAUAAGUGUUGUAAUGUAAGUUUACUUGUGCUCACGUCGAGCUAAUCAAAUAAACUCGAUCAAUACGUGUAACUUGUUUGUAGUAUAAUGAAAUACGAAUUUUCUAAUGAACAAUCUUCAUAGAGAUUGUAUUUGUUUCUCUUUUUAUAAAUGUUGUACGAUCCUGUAACUUAUCAUGUCAAACAUGUGGACGUUUCAUAUUUGUAACAAAAUGUUUUUGAUACCUUGCCGAUGGAAUAAGGCCUAAAUACCUUGUAAAAUUAGAAAAAUAUAUGAUGGAAUAUGUAUUGUGAUUCUCUUCAAAACUUUCGUAGUUAUUAUAAAGUAAUAUUGAAUAUUUUUAAAUAAUAAUUGUGUUGUUAGCGGGCGGAAUUAUUGACCAAAAUUUUCUCGAUAUUUUUAACUGCGUGUUGUUCAAGUGUCCGCCUGAAUGGCGGGACGGGCGCCGGCGAGGGCGGGCGGCGCUGGCCGCCGGGGCGGGGCAUAGUGUUGUGUGAUAUUGGCGGCGGAUUCGGACCGCGCCCGCCCCUCGCCGGCGCGCGUCGCCGCCGUGAACAUUUUCAAGGAUAUUGUUGUAGUCUGUACCCCGAGCGGGUGUAAAAUAUGGAAGUGUGUGUCGUGGCGUGGCGCCGGCCGCGGCCGCGGCGGGCGCGUGACGAUAUAUUUUUGUAUGAAGGCUGUCUGUCUGUAGUAUGCUGUACUAUACUGAGCGUGCCGGAUGCGAUCCGCGUACGAGUUAAACAAUGUUGUGUCUUUGAGAAUUUUAUUGUUAAAUUGGAAUACAGAUGAAAUAAUUAUUUAAUAAAUGUAUAUAAAUAUAAAUUAUAUAUAUAUAUAUAUUUGGAAAUA